AUGGAAAACUCCCAAGUCCGAUUUCAAGUAAUUGUUCAUCGCGCCCGAGACCACAAACUUUUCGACGAAAUGCAACCCAAUGUCAGGUUCCUCUCUCUUGUUGAAGAACUCCAGUUCUACAUCCUGUGCUUCCUUCCUUACCGAGAUAUUCUUCGCUGCACAUCUGUGUGUAAGGCCCUUCGCCAGACAUAUCUGUCCUCCUCCGAGCUUCAGUACAUAGUUGAACUCGGCGGCCAAUGUUUGCUCCCUGUACCCAACACCGACAACCACACACCUAUUUCCGAGCGUCUACGACUCUUGAGGAAUAAAGCUCACGCUUGGUUCAAAGUUGACAUUCACUCUUCCAAAACAACCUCUGUACCACCGCACCAUGCUUGUGAAACAUCUCUCACUGAUGGGCAUUUCUACAUGUGGAACCGCUGGCGUCGCAUGGCGUCGAUCAUUCCAAUACUACCAAAGCCCUCGCAACGAACCAUCCAGCGUGACUGGUUUCGAGAAACAUUGUGUUCAGUUCCCAACUCAACUAACCUCCGUGUGUUCAUGGACCCAGCACAAGAUCUGAAAGCUGUCUUCUAUGUUGUUGAUCGCAAGACAACCUAUAUUGACCUUAGAGCGCUGGAUGUUGAUGGUGUUCACCCCCAUGCUGCUGGACCGACACUGUUUGUGUCGGAGCUGCCUGGAUGCGACAAACCCGUAAAUUGGAAUCUCAAGGGUUUUGGGAGUUAUAUUGCUCUACUGCUUGUUUACGAUGAGAUGUGGCAGCUGCAGAUUUGGGACUGGAAACGCUCAACGACAUCCAACAGUGUCCUUGGCGACGAAUGGUCGUGCGGGAUCGAUUUUUGUUUCCUCGGAAACAAUAGAUGGCUCGUUGUCAGCGACAAUCUGAAGCUUUAUUCAACCGAGGAUAUGUCCCAGACACCAAAAUUGCUGGCGUGUUUCAUGCUGCCCGUCCAAUUUAAACUGCCAGGCCACACGGCAUGUCUCCUUCCAGUGGACGAUAGUGCGCGUAGUUCGCGACUGCAGAUGCAAGUCCAACAAACGAUGUACACCUCAGAUCCCAAACACCGACUACUCUGCAUUACCACGUACACGAAUUCAUCUAUUGUCUACAUCAUUUCCACGAGGAUUUUCUUCGAUCUCGAUGAUAUGGCAGUAGCGAUGCCAAUACCAUGGAAAUGCUGGGGCCCUUCAAAUACUCGUAUUUUCUGGUACCCACUGUCACCAUACCAUGACGAAUUCAAAAUUCACCUCAGCGGGAAUCGAGUUUUACUGUUAUUCCCAGUCCGCACGCCACUCUCGGACAAUACGAUAUCUAAAUUGCGUAUUAUGGACUUCAGCCCGCUAGCUGUGACGAACAGGCGGGGUCUAGGACGAGUGGUGAGAGAGCCAUCUACAUUAGACCUCACUGAUCUAGAACCUCUAUGCGACGAGUCUGAGGGGUGCUUGACGACUUUCCUGCCUUACAUUGAGGUCGUAUUGGACCGAAAGUUCCGUGAUUUGGAGGAUAUAUGGAUAGAUGAGGACAGGAUUUACUUGCUUUCGGACGAACUUGAGGUCAUUGAUGUUUAA